AAUUGGGUGCAGACAGAAGAGCCUGGAGACAGAAGAAACCUAAACUUUCUUCCUUCCCAGCUGCCCUCCACCCGCUCCCACCAUGAAGAAGGAAAUAUUAACCCUGGCCUUUGCUCGAUCCGUCUUCGUCGAGUUUAUCUCCACUCUCAUCUUUGUCUUCAUCGGCCUCGGCUCAGCCCUAAAGUGGCCAUCUGCCCUCCCCAGCAUCCUUCAGAUCUCACUGGCGUUUGGCCUGGCCAUCGGUACGUUGGUGCAGGCAUUCGGCCACAUCAGCGGUGCCCACAUCAACCCGGCGGUGACCAUCGCCUUCUUUGUCGGGAACCAGAUCUCCUUCCUCCGGACACUCUUCUACGUGAUUGCCCAGCUGGUCGGGGCCAUCGCCGGGGCUGGAAUCCUGUACGGCGUGACACCAGCCAAUACACGUGGCAACCUGGCCAUCAAUGCGCUCAACAACAACACAACCCCAGGCCAGGCCCUCGUGGUGGAGAUCAUCCUCACCUUCCAGCUGGCCGCGUGCAUCUUUGCAUCCACAGACAACCGGAGGAAUGGCAACGUGGGGUCCCCAGCGCUGUCCAUCGGCCUCUCUGUUGCUGUAGGCCACUUGGUGGGGAUCUACUUCACCGGCUGCUCCAUGAAUCCAGCCCGGUCCUUUGGGCCUGCAGUCAUCGUGAGGAGGUUCAGCCCAGCACACUGGGUGUUCUGGGUUGGACCCAUCCUUGGGGCUUGCUUAGCCGCUCUACUCUACUUCUACAUCCUUGUCCCCUACUGCAUGAACAUGUCAGAUAGGGUUGCCAUCGUCAAAGGCACCUACGAGUCAGAGGAGGAGUGGGAAGAGCAGAGAGAGGAGAGGAAGAAGUCCAUGGAGUUGACCCCACCAUAGGAACAGUUGGAAAAAAAAAAAAAAAAAAGAAACAAAAAAAAACACAAACCAAAGCCAGGGAAGAAGCCCCAUGCACGGGCUCAUGUGUGCCCCAAAGCCAGGCAAUGAACACAUACAGCUACAGUAGACUCUUAAGCAAAAAGUCUUAUAACUUAAAGACCACCUGUGACUAAAAAAAAAAAAAAGGAGUAUUGCAGUGUCUGUGUAUAUAAUCCCGCUACGUGGGUGUGAGCGCUAGAACCAUUCCUAGCUUAACUUCAGCCAGCUAAGCCCAGCAAAGGAGUCUCAGCCCAGGGCAGCCUCUCAGCAGUGGUUUUACACCCACCUGGAUGCAUCCCUGCCCUCCUAGGUGUGAGUUUUACAUGAUUUUCAGAGGCCUGAGACCGCACGUUCUAGCACACACAGGGUUUCACCCCUGUGUCUGAUGGCCCAGGGGAUGGAAAUACUGUGUAGAUACCAGCAGAGAAGAACGACUGCCUUGGGAAGGUGGGUGCAGCAAACUCCCUCGCUUUCUCCCUGCCUCAGGGCCCAUGCUGCUCAUAGAUGCUCUUUCAUGCAUUAGCUGGUGCUGAUGAGUCCUAUUUAUUUGUGGCUGCAGAAAGAACGUGAUUUUUGGAUUUUGUG